CUACAAAUUACUUCCGGGUAAAAAUAUAGCAGUUGCGACGCAGAUAUAUAGCAGACGUUUCAGUUAAAUUCUUGAAGUAUUGAUUAUCACAUUAUGUUGUCUAACUUAGUUCUGGUUGUUUGUUUGUGUGCAUUUUCCUGUGGAAUUGUUUCAACAGAAGACGCUACAGAAGAUGGAUGUUUUGCACUGACUACAAAUGAAACAUGUUGCAGUCAAACAGAAUGUAUGUGGUUCACAUGUGAUGAUGCUAAUGUAACUGAAGAUACCAAUAAAACAAGAGAAGAAUGUCAUUUACAAAGUUGGACAGAUGAAGAUAAAUGUAAGAACAACACAGUGGACCAGACCUGUAAAUCUCAAGUUAAACCGACUACCAGCCAGGCACCAACAGCAGUACCAGAUCCUUGUGCAGCAGGUACAGAUAGGGAUACAUGUUGUGGGAUAGCAAACUGUUCGUUUACAAACUGUACAAGCUUGAAUGAAUCAGCACUAGAAGCUUGUGUGAGCAAUGUUAGUGCCCACUGUAAGCCAGAUACCAACAUUAACCAGUGUGGCCCAGCAACACCAGCAACCGCAUCAACCACACCCCAACCAACAGAUGUAUGUGUGACCUACGACACCAGUACUGAAUGCUGCUCACAUGUUGACCAAAACUGUACUUAUAUCACUUGUACAGGUUCUGACAACAAUCCACAUGAAGGAUGUCAUGUGAAAAGCAGUAAUUUUUCAAUAUUUUGUCAAGAUACACCCCAGCACCAGUGUAAUGCUGGCACAUCUACAUCACCGAAACCUGACGUAACAACACAGCCUCCUAAUAAUGGAUCUUCCACCCAAUCAUCGGAUACCAGUGCCAACACUGGCGACUCGGAUCAAGGCCAGCAUUUUGAUGGAGCUUCAUUUAUUGGUGGCAUCGUUCUUUGUCUAGGUAUUGUGGCCAUCAUUUUCUUCGGAUUGAAAUUCUACAGGGCAAGGACAGAGAGGAAUUAUCAUACCCUGUAAAAUUGUGUCACUGCUACAAAAAUCAUCAAAUUUCUGUAAAAUUUAGUAUCAAAAUAUGAAGAACAAUAGUCCUUUAAUAUAUAUGAUCUUUAUCACAGUACAAAUAUAGAGGUUUUCAGAUUGUUAUUCCAUAUUCCAACAUCUUUGAUAUUUUUUUUACAAUUCAACUGAUGUUAAUUUUGUAAUAAAUGUUUACGUAAAUUGGCUAAAGAAAAAUAAGUUCCAAAAUGUUAUAAAAACUGUUUACUUAAAUUGGCUAAUGAAAUAAGUUCCAAAGUGUUAUUUUUUCUGAAACCUACUUAAGUUAUUUAACAGUUAAAACAUUUAUCUAAAUGUGUUUUAGAGAGAGCGUAUUUUUGUCUUAAAAUAGACUUUUGUCAUUGGUUAAAUUUAACUUUUUCAUCAGAAUCGACCAAUGAGACACAAGAGAUUUAAGAGGGAGGUUCAGAUCUCAAAUUUAUUAAGUAAAAUGGAUAAGAGUCAAAAGCUAUGUCGGUCAAAAGCUAUACAUAGCUUAUGUUUUGUGAAAUGUUAUAUACAUAUUUAUAUACCGACAAUAAAUAAAUUCUGAUUUGAUUUGAUUUGAAAAAGGGUAAGUGUGAAUAUUACAUAGGAAAGUUGCAAUUUUUAUAUUGUUUUUGUUUUACAAAGUGUGAUGUGCCUUCAAAGGGUAAAAUAGAUGAAACAAUGGUGUGAGGCUCUCAACUUUUUGUCAGUUUUCUGCUCAAGAAGUUCGUCUUCUAAAUUUUCAAGUGCUUAUUAAGAUGAUAUGCUAGCAUAGAUAAGAGAAAUAAGAUAUUUUUGUAAUAGCAUUAUAGAGUCAUAGUUAAUUUUAAGUGUAGUAGAAAUCUCAUAGAAGCAUUAUUGGUAUAAGACUGUUAUACAUGUAUAUCAUACUUUGUUGUUUUUUUGGCUUUGUUUUUUUAAUGGAGGUAAUUUUUUUCUCUGAUAAUAUAAAUAUAUUCUGAAACUUUCAAUUUUAGACGUAUUAUAAAUAACAAAUUUAGAAAUUCAGUUUAGAUGUACUAUAUAUAUAAAAUUUAGAAUUUUAGUAAAAACAAUGACAAUGUCUGAUUUGAAAGGGAGCAAUUAUGCAGAACUAUAACAUAUAUGCAUAUACAUGUACAUAAUUAUAUAUAAAAGGGGUUCUUGGAGGACAGCCGAAAGUGUUUCAUUCCAAAUAUUCAUCGUGAUAUAUACUAGCAUUAAUAAAGCUGAAAAAUAGAUAAAAUUAACAUCAUAAUUCAGUUCUUUCCCAGGACAUCAUCAUAUAUACUAAAAUAGUUGCAGGUAGUCUGCCAUGAUAUCUUUUACAAAUCAUUAAUAAUAAUGCUAACUGUUUAAUAAAUAAGUUCAUUGAAAUACUUUAAUGAAAAUUGGUUAAAUACAUUGUAAAUCAUUUCUUAUAUAUUGUAGUUUCAUACAUUAAUGACUAAUCUAUAAGCAUAUUACAUCUUUUAUAAAAGUGAUAUACAACUUAAUGGGUAUUUAACAUUGUUAAAUGUGAAACUGGUUCUACGCAUUAUAUUCAUAUUUUCAUGUUACGCACCAUGUUUGAUACACAGAAAACAAGUGAAACAUGGGAAUACUUACAUCAAAGAAAUGUAUAUUUCAUAUUUUCUUAUAAUGCUAAAUUUAAAGUAGGAAUAAGUUUCUAUCACAACUGAUCUGUAAUUAUUUCAUUGCUUAUCAUAGGAUGAUAAGAUGAAUGAAUGUGAAUUAUAUAUUUCACCCAUAUAGCUGUACAUAAUUGAUCUUAAUUCUACUUAAUAGUUGAUAAUUUUGUUGUAAAUGUGUUUAAUGUUUGAAAUUGAUUACUGUAAUUACUGUUAUUACUGUUGAAUUUUUUAAUUGAUUGCUGUUAUUAUAGUUAAGAGUUGAAAUUGAUUACUGUUAUUAAGUAAGAAAUUGUAAUUUAUUACUAUUUUUGUAGUGAAGAAUUGUAAUUUGUGAUCAUUGGUAUAACAGUAAGAAAUUGUAACUGAUUACUGUUAUUACAGAAAAAGACCUGUACUUGAUUACUGAUAUUAUGGAAAGUAAUUUCAAUUGAUUACUUUUAUUUCAGCAAAAAAUUGUAAUUGAUUACUGGUAUUGCAGUAAAGAGUUGUAAUUGCUUACUGUAAUUAUAGUGAAGUAUUUGUAAUUGCAUCGGUUUGAUGUACUACAAAAUUCAAUGAAAUUAUUUACGACUUUUAUGAUAAAUUACUUUAUUUUUCGACUAUAAUGAAAGUUAAUCAUUUCAUACAGCAUUAUACUUCUUAAGCAAAAAAUUUCAACAGGAAAUUAUAUUUUAUGUAAGAAAAUAUUUGUACUGAAAAAAUUUAUUUAAAAAAAAAUAUUCUGUUGUAUUUUUGUUUGUGUGUUUUAUAAAAACAGUUAAUUUCAUGUUUUUAAUUCUCAAUUUGAAGUAAAAUAAUCAGAACUUUGAUUUAAUUUAAUUAACGUUUGUAAUAGCUGUUUUACAUGGAUAGUUAUUUUGAGUUGUGAACAAACAAAUUUGUAAAACUUGUAAAAAAAUGUUUAGCUUGAAAAUAUGAACCCAGCAUAAUCAAAAAUUAUUUUUAUUUUAAGACAAUUCUUGCAUACAAUUUAAAAGGCUGCUUCUUCAAAGAUUUGCAGAUGAAACACUUUUUGUUGUUGGAAAUUAAGUAAGCUGGAACUAAAACUGAAAAAAAAGAGCCGCGUCAUGACAAAACCAACAUAAUGGGUUUGCGACCAGCAUGGAUCCAGACCAGCCUGCGCAUCCGCGCAGUCUGAUCAGGAUCCAUGCUGUUCGCUUAAAAGGCCUUUUACAAGUAGAGAAACUGAUAGCGAACGGCAUGGAUCCUGAUCAGACUGCGCGGAUGCACAGGCUGGUCUGGAUCCAUGCUGGUCGCAAACUCAUUAUGUUGGUUUUUGUCAUGACGCGGCUCAAAUCUAUAUUUGCUGUUGUUACUUUAUGUCACUAUCUCCAUGCUAACUUACACAUUAAGUAUGAAGGAAAUAGGUUCACUCAGAAAUCUGUAUGUAUAUAGUGUUAUAAUAUUGUUGAUCUGUUGUGUUAAGGUUAUUUUACGAUUGUUCAUUCUCUUUUUUUCUCCUACAGCUUUAAUCUAGUCUAGUUAACUAACUCUUACUCUAAAUGUGUAUAAUGGAUUUGCCCAACCUUACCAUUUUCAAACAUUUUAGUGAUUAUAUAACAAAAUACAAAAAUUGAGAAAAUUGAAUCAUCAAACAGUAUAGAGCCCAGUCAGACUACAAGGUUGUGUUGGCUGGUCAGGCUCUAUACUGCUGACCUGGCAUAUUAAAAUAUAAUAAAUAUAAGUCCCAGUGCUAAUAAAGGCUAAGUGCUUUCUUUUUUAGCAGAUUAAGUGCUAAUAAUAUUUUACCUUUUUUCUCAAAAUUCCAAGCUUCCGAGCAUCACAAGUAUCAAAUGAAGAUUGAUUGUAAUUCUUUGUUUUGUUUUCCAUUUACGGUACAUUAAACAAACAUCUACAUUUGUGAAGGAAAAGUAGACUAAAAAACAAUUGAUAACAAAAGAAAUAAAUGAUCAUUUUUAAUGCUCUUCACCCUGAAAAACAUUGGUUUAAGUUUUUCAUUAAACCAAGGCAUGUUUUUUCUUGGUGGGGCUGAGUGGUUAACAUGUCCGACUAGUAAUCCAAGGAUUGCUAGCCACAUUGGAUCAAUCCCUGUCAGGUGUUGGCCUUUGAUUUCUUGAGAAAGAUACUUGAGCCAAGUUUAUGUGAUCUUCCGUAAUUUUAAAAAGUAUUAUUUGCCUUGAAUCUCAUAGUUUCCCAGGUAAUGUUAUGUUUAUUAAAUAUAGGUCUUAUUUCUCAACUUAAUUGUUGCCAAUUUUGCCUUUUCUUCUGGAGAUAGAAAAUGUACGUUUAAAAGAGUAUAAUUUUAUAAAAUGGAAAUUCAAUAUAUUUUGAUAUAAAAUAUAUACUAUUUUACUGGAAUCUUCGGUGCAAAUAGCUUAGUUAUUGCUCAGUGUUACAUGUAUAUUAUAUAUUUUAAUAAAGGAAUGAUGUAAAUGACUUUGCUAUAAUAAUCAUACAAGUGUCUGGAUAUAAGAGCUUUUUGUAAUUAUCUAUGCUCCUGAAAAAUUUGUGUUGCAGUGAUUAUCCGAAAAAAAGCUUAAAAGUAUGUGAUAUUUUUUGCCCAUUUUUUCCGUAGUGCUUUUUCAUUAUAUGUCAGUGUUGAGCAUUCACAGACAGCCCAUUCACAAUUCCAAAAUGCCAGCUUCACAGCUGAAAGAAAUGCCACUUUCACUAUUCACAAAUUCUUUGAAAUUUCCAGAAAUCGGUAUUAAAACAAAUUUGAAAGCUAUUUUUGAAAGUCGCCCAAAAACAUUCCACGUUAUUACAAGAUAUGUUGAAAUAUCUCAAUGAAUCACAUACUGAUUGUAAUUAAAGUUGAUGCAAAUCAUUUUGUAAUAAAGUUUUGGAUAGAUAUAGUGUUCCGAGUUUUACUAUAAUGAAAAUAAAGAUUUUUUUUAUUUCUUUUGAACAAACUUGUGUUAAUUUUGUCUUUCAGCUUUAUUAUAGCCAAUGUUGUAAUGUCUCUCCCAGUGUACGGAAUUUUGACCAUUUUGAAAGGGGAGCGGUGUGGGGUGUCUUUCUGUAUACAAAAGAGCUAUUGCUUAUGUUUGUACCACAUUCCUAGUUGCUUUACCGGUUCAUAAUGAUUUCUGGAAGUACAUGUGUAUAAUGUUUUACUUAUUUUUGUUGCUUUUUAUUUGUUAAUUGCUUACUUUACUUUUUACUGAUACAUUUAUAUUAUACAGUAGAAUAUGUAAUUAAAAAAAUAAUUAAUGUAUGUGCAAACCUUUAUGUAUACAGUUGGUCCCUAUAAUUUGGUGUAUAUUAGAUUGGCUUUAAUUUGAAGAACUUUACACAACUGCAUUGCAUACCAAACUAUAUUUACCUAUAUGUAUACUAUGGUAUACCCUCUGUGUUACCCUUUUAUACACAACAUAAUUUCCUCAGUUUAAAAGUGCUAUUAAUUUUUGUUUUGUUUUCCUUUUUUUAAUGGAAGGACAACAAUUUGAUUUAUAAUUUUUUUAUUAGUUUAUGUUUAUAGGGAAAAAAUGCCUUAUUUGUUGGACGUCAUUGUGAAUUCAUCAUAUGUAAGUGUAAGGGAUGAAAAAUACUACAUAAUUUACAACGUUUAAGUGCUAUAGUGUACGAGAUGUAAUAUUUAAAUUGAGCUUGAAUUAUAGUCCUAAGUGAUUGAACUUUUUUUGGCGGAAAUAUUGCCUCAAAAUCCUGUAGAAAAACAUCAUGUUGUAUGUUAGGCUAAAAUAGCUUGAAUUUUUAGUAAGUUUUAAAAGUUGAUUAAUGCUGUACAAAGUUCCAUAUAUGUUUUAUCUCGGAAUGGUAAAUGUAAAUGACAAAUAUGGGGCCAAUUAUGAUAGCAUUAACAAAUAUAGAAAUGUGGUAAAGAAAACUUUCUAAUUUUACCUUAGGUUGUAUUGAAAUUGAUUGUGUUUGUUCUGACAUAAAACUUGAUGUAGAAGUGUAGCAAUGUAGGUUUCAGUGUACCAUAUGGUAGAUUGAUUUCAGGUACAGUAAUAACAAGGUGAGGCAUUCAUUAGGGACAUUGAUUUAGUAAAUGAUUAUUGAACAGUCUGAACAAUGAUGUCAAUCCCAGUUACAUGAUAUACCACUGAGAUGGAAAUCAUACUGUAAAUGAAUCUCUUCUAUUAUUUAGAUUUCUGUAGUGUAUUCCAGCUUUGAAAUAGAUCUAUUUAUAAAUGAUUUAAUAUGUAAGUACAAUAUUUUGAUGACUGACAUGCAGAGUUUUCUGUAUGUGUCACAUAGAUUUUAUUUCCAAAGUUUCUGUUAGCUUUUGUUAAUUGUAAUUUGUUAUAGUCUAUUAAUGUUUUGUUGUUUAUUCUUGAUAUUUUGGACAAAACAGUACACAAAUAAUCACAGUAUCUUUUAUCUUAGAAUCUCUCUCUCUCUGAUAUGACUCAGUUGUUAUAAUUUGUAAUAAGAAGCUCUUGUCUCGUAAUUGAUAUGUCAUAUACAAGUAUUGUAUAUUCAGAUUUAAAACUAUUUUUAUACUAAAGAGAUUUAAUUAUCCUUGAUCACUAAAAUAAUACUGCAUUUCUUACAUGGGUUCAUCCAGCUUUAAUAUACAUGCAUAUAUAUUCACUGACUAUCGUCAAUUUUGAGGAUAUCAAGGUAGAACUAGAAUCAAUUAACAGUAUAAGAGACUGGUCAGACUGUCAUCAUGUGCUGGCUGAUCUGCCUCUAUUCUGGUGGUAGCAGGUGUAAAACUUCAAUGAUCAGAUCUAAGUUAACAGUAUCUUUGAUAACAGAAGUGUUCAUGAAAGUCCUGAAGUUUGAAAUUUAUUUACAUUUUAAUGCAUUUACUUAUUAUACUUUAUAAACAGAAUCUCUUGUUUAAGCGCAGGAAAGACAUACUGUAUGUACAUAGUAAAAUGUAUUCAAGAAUCUGUGAUUAUAUACAAGAAAUAAUAAGAAAGAUUAAGCAGAAUUGUUAUAAGUUCAUAUCAUCCAACAUCAACAUUUUAUAGAUAUCCUGUUAAAAUAGAAUAUAAUAGAUUUAAGAUUUUACAAGGACUUCUUUUCACAAAAACUGAAAUUUAUCUUUGAAUAGUUUUCAAAUAGUAAAAUCAAAUAUGGUAAUUUUAAUGAAGGUUUAUACACUCUGCAAUUUAAUACAGUAAAAUGCCUCGCCAGAGUAAACACUUCUGGUUCGUUGAUGUCACUUUUAUUUUAAGUUGUUGUUAUUGUUUUUUUUUUUAAUUUCCCAGCUAUCAAUGGAUACGUUAGACUUUACUAUGAAAACUGUUAUAGAAUCUAUAAAUUUGUUGUGGAAGAAAUCAGAUAGAAACUAUGUUUUGAUAAUGCUAUGUAUGCUACAUUUGUGAUCUUAUUUUGUCUGUAAAAUUGUGCAAGUAAUAUGGUGUUAAUAGGGUGUUAUAGUUAGAUAACAUAUUUGGAAAAUAAUGUGCAUGUAUAUAAUGAUUAAAGUUAAUUAAUUGUUAAA